AAGACCCCUCCAAACCUGGAGCGUUUCCACAGAUUUUUGGCCACAGGAAUCCAAAAUUUCUUCCGCCGGAGGCGUUUUGGGGCAACUUUCUGUCGAAAAGAAGGAAGAUACGAGCACUGCGUUCGUUGUUACCUUUCCUGCUGUGCUACGCUGCUCCUGUUUUAUUUGUACUGCUGUGCCUGUCGCCAUGCACGCACGACCGCUGCUCACAUGGACUGGGCGUGGCAGCAGCUGCAGCAGGUCAGGCAUCCCGCAUCCGCAUGUGGUGCUGGACCGCCGGCUGCUGGAGCUGUGCCCGCGGUCAGUAGCGCUUCUUUGGUGGACGCCUGGUGGACGACGCCUGGUGGACGCCUGGGUCUAUGAAAGGUGCCCCAGCGACGCGGAGGCCUUCCUGUGCGAUUUCGUGCGGCUGAAGGUCAUCAUGGACGAGGUGCGUGGGCUGGGCUGCAACGUGCUGGGCCAUUCAAAGCCGUGGAAUCGGGCGGCUGGUGCCAUCUUGGAUGCGGACGUCAUCCAGGCGUUACCCGGCGCGCUGGGCCAGCCCCUCUAUGGCGUCAACGAGGCCAUGGCUGGUGGGGGCGCUGCAGCUGGUAUCGGGCCCCACCUUAUUGGAAGCCGCAGCCGCUGAGUUUGCGGCGGAGCUGCCAGGCCGCGUAGCUGGCGGCGGCGGCCUGAGCAGCGGCAGAGACGGAACCAGCGGCGGCGGCGGCCUGAGCAGCGGCACAGGCGGCUGUAGCAGCACCAGCCGGGGCGGUGCUGGGCGUGGCGGCAGUCGCGGCGGCGGAGGGCAGGGGCGUGGCACAGGGGCAGUGCCUGACCAGUACAUGUCUCCGCCCUCGGGACCAGCAGCGGCGGCAGGGUGUGGUCAGCGCCCGACACUGGUGUACACUGCCGCCAGCGGCAAUCGUGUGGGGUGGAGAAAGGGAUGAGGGCAGAGAGCACCCACGCUUGCGCCGAGCCGGCGCGUGCGCCUGCCGCUAGUUGCACAAGCGGUACCAGCCGCCGCAGCAGCGGUGGGGUCGCGGCUACUACGCGGCUGUUAGUGAAGGCGCCAAUACGGCUGUGUGCCCCGGCCGCUGCCGCUGCUAAUAGCUUUGGCUUCCUGCUGUGCAACGCUGAUAAGAAGUUAGCGCGGGGCUCAGUGGCUUAGUCAGCAAGCAGUCAGAUGGCUGCGCCGAGUAGAAGUGAGAUGCAGCAGAGGGGUUUUAAGGGGCUACGAGCAAGUGCGUCGGCGAUAUUACCUGUGCGUGCGUGCAUGCGCGCUGUAGCAGGCUGUAGGAAGGCACGCUUGCUGUGUAGAGGCUGCACUGAUUGCACGACUGACUGUGCGCACUGGUCGCAUCAGGUGUGUGCCGUACGUGUACCACAGUGUACCAUACCGGUAUGUGUAGCAGCUCACACCAGUGUGGGCACUUAUGAGUGGGCAGCAUGGUGCAGAACGGUAUCAUAGAUUGGGCCAGAUUGGGUGGCGACCAUACGCUGUUCAAGGAUAUGUUCAUGAGGUUAGAUGAGGCCACCACGCACCCAGACCUGUCUAACCUACUGUCAGGUGGGCUCCCCGACACGUCGCAAUCUACGGUAUCUCACAGUCUCCAUGUGUUCUGAGCUUUUGCAACCUACAUGUAAACCUGAAUAUAU